AUGAGUAUGAACAACAAUACCAAGAAAAGGAAGCCGAUGGAAGAGCUUCAACGAAAAGCGCAGAAACUCCAAACUCUCGAGAGAUUUUCGAAUUUAAAAGUAGAAAAUAGAGUCGUCUCGGGCGCGUCCAUGGACGAUAAAUUCAGCGAACGGAGAUUUAUAAAGCUCGAAAACGUUACAAACGAUGUGAUUUCAUCCUUGUCGAACGUUUUUGCGGGAAGUUCGUCUAUCUUUUCGUCUUCGCGCGGAGACGCAAAUUUAGAAACCAAAAAGUGGGGCACCGUCGCAGUGAGUUUAGAAAAGUCUCGGCCAUUCACCACGGCGAACGGGAAGCACUUCUCCACGAUAUCGUUUGGUAAUUUGGACAAGUCGGAAUUAUCGGUGAAACUUUUCGGCGAGGCGCACCAAGCGCACUGGAAAGAAGCGAAAGCGGGAAUGUUGUACGCACUUCUAGACUGCAAGCCGUAUCUCUGUCCAAAGACGAAAAAAUUCUCGGUAUCAAUAGAAGACCCGUCGCAGAUGAUUAAGAUAGGAAAGUCUCCGGAUUUUGCAUAUUGUAAAGGAACGCGUGCGAAGGAUGGGUUACCGUGCACAAAAGCCGUAAAUCUGAGCAAGUGCGAAUUCUGUGAAUUUCACGCCGGCGGCGCGUUGAGAGCGCUGCAAACAGAACGUGUCGCUUUAGCCUCGGGGCGAGGUAAAUUAGCCGGAGCCAAUGGGAAAAUAAUUACCUCGUCGCAGACGUACAAUCCGUACAGCAAAAAUAAUUCGGCAAUCAAUCAGUUAGGAGGGCAGUUUGCGGCGAGAAGUAAUGCUUCUCGGUCGAGUCACUUCGUAAAUCCAGGCGGAGGUAUCGGCAACGUCGCGAAACCAUCCGACAACAUGAACACGACGUCGACACUCAAUAGCAUGCACAACCAGAGAGCGGGCAAUCAGAUUCUUUCUAAACUCGCACAAAAGCAACAACAGAUGGGCACAAUGGGGGUCUCUCAACGCAACGCCGCCUCACUUACGAUAGGGAAAAAUGACAACACGAGCGUUCACAAAAUUCAAAAGAAAAUGAGCAAAAACGAGGACAAAGACGACGACGACGAUGAUUCAGACGAUGAAGAGUUGCUCGUUGAAGAAGCGCCGCGUGAUGCGGCGUUGGAUGCGCGCGUAGCCAAAGUUGCCGAGGCACAAAAGCGAGCGAAAGCUUUAUUAGGAAACCAAGAGCUCAAAGCUUCGGAUCCGAACAAUACAAAAGUGCAGUCGUUUAAAAAUAGGUUGCUUAACGUUGACCUCUUCGCUGGAAAAGGAGUAGGAUUUGGUAAGGAGAACAUGACGACGAGCAAAAGUGGUAGCACAAAUUUAGAAAGUGCUGCAUAUGUGAGUCGAUUAGAAGGUGAAAAUAGUCGCUUGGUUCGAGAAUUGAAAGAAACGAGAGACGAGUUGGCGCGUGCAAAAGCCGAACUCGUUCGACUCGGGAGCACUUUUAGCACGGGACGUGCAACCAAUACCAAUAACAAAAAUAAUAACACGGUUAGGAACGAUUCCAGGAAGAAGGUUUCCACGUCAUCCUUCUCAGACGCUUUCAAGAACAUCGUCACGAAGGAAGAUAUAUCGCGUCCUUCGCUACAUGCAAAGGAAGCAGCGGACGAGGCGACCGAUACAGUUUUUAAUAAGAUGGAUGACUUAGAAAAGAUGGACCAAAUCAGAACCUUCUUAGAAGACGUUCGCGAACAAGACGUCGACGCGUAUUAUUGCAAACAGUGCAACAAAUGGACUUCUUUCUAUCCCAAGCAAUCAUGUGGGGACGAAGGGGCUAAGCACCCGAUCGAAAAGAAGAAGGCUACGGCUCGAUGGUUUACCUGUUCAUCAUGUGCCACGCACAUUACUACGCUAAACCAGAUAAUGCCUCUGAAGUGUACGAAGCACGGGUGUAAUGGUGGAACCUUCGCGCGAACGGGCAAACCUGUGCAAAGCGAAAAACGAAUUUUAGGCUCGGAUAGACUCGAGGAUAUUGCCGAUCGAAAGUUGAUGAAACCACGAGGAAUCGAGCAUGGAUUUUCUCUUAGGACUUAG